GUCGGCCCAACCUUAAUCUAACCCAUUUCAAACGUAUGUGGUUUGCACCUGACGGUCUGUUCUGCAGAGCGUCGACUUCUAGCGUUAUAAGUAAGGAGACGGCGUCGUUUUUCAAGAUGUUUAAAACCAACGUGUCAUCUUCUCAGUCUCCUGGGGGGAUAAGGAAAUGACAGUUUUUGACAGUUACAUGACUGUUUAAGUCGUUAACAACUCAACGCCUUAUAAUCCCUUCCCUUCCCUUCUGAGUCUCCUGAGUGUACCAUCGAGGAAGGAAGCAAGCGGUGAAAUAAGCAAAGCCAGUGACAGUGAGCCAUGGGGAUAACAAGGACCCUCCUCCAUUCCUCUUGCUCUAAGCUCCCAUUCCAAACUCCCUUCCUCCACUUUCAAUCUCAAGUGGUGGCUUCGAGUUUCUCAAGCAGCCGUGAGAUAACAAGGACCUCCUCAAUUCCCAUUAUAUCUCGCACCCGCUUCCGAAAACCCAUCGCAGCGUCAUGCUCUGCCUCCGAUGGCAGCAAUUCCAGUUCAGCAACCAAGGUUUCUGUAGCUGACCCCUCUGUUGCUUUGAAGAAGAAGGCAAUGGAUAUAUCCCCCGAACUCAAAGGAACUUCCAUAUUUCUUGUGGGCAUGAAGAGCUCCAUAAAAACUAGUUUGGGGAAACUCCUAGCCAAUGUGUUACGGUAUUAUUACUUUGACAGUGAUAGUUUGGUUGAGGAAGCUGCUGGCGGUGAAUCUGCUGCCAAAUCUCUAAGGGAGACUGACAAGAAUGGUUUUCAUGAGUCUGAGACUGAAGUAUUGAAGCAAUUAUCAUCCAUGGGUCGAUUGGUGGUUUGUGCUGGAGAUGGUGCGGUUCAGAGUUCAACUAAUCUGGCUCUUCUGAGAUAUGGGAUCUCCAUAUGGAUUGAUAUACCUGUAGACUUGGUUGCGAGGGGGGUGAUCGAAGAUCAAAGUCAGCUUCCUGCAUUCAACCUAUCUGCUUCAGCAUCUUAUCCAGAGGUUUUGACUCACCUAAGUACUUCAUAUGAAGAGGUCAGAGGUGGAUAUGAAACAGCUGAUGCAACGAUUUCCGUUGAAAAACUAGCUUGUAAAUUAAGUUAUGAUGAGUUUGGUGAUGUAACCACUGAAGACAUGGCUUUGGAGGUUCUCAAGGAGAUAGAAAAACUGACUAGAGUAAAGAAGAUGAUGGAAGCAGCAGCAAGGCCUUUUUAACGUUCGAGAUGGUAUAGGGCGGCAUUUUCAUCACUUGGAACCACUUUCUGCUCCAACCCUUAAUUUGCGGGUUGCAGGCUGAGGUUUUGUGCAUGCCUUGUGUAGGCUGCACAGUGGAUUAGAAUUUGGUGUACUGAUACAUUGAUACAUUGACACAUUGGUGUACGUAAAACAGCUUUUCUCGUCUUUUCUGAAACUGGAAGGAAAAAACAAUUGAAUUAGCAGAGAACGAGGCAGGAUAAGUGGAUGAGGUACUGAAUAAUUGAGUACACUUAGUUUA